UUAUCUUAUCGGCUCAGCACUCUGUUCAGUUAGUUUUCGUCGCGCGAAUUUUUUGUCAACAAACGCUCCCUCAAUCUUCGGCGAAUUGAAUCGUCCGGUCCACCCGCAUGGCAUCCCUGACGGAGCUGGAAGUCGAUCCAGCCCAGGAGAUAUCGCCCGCCCUCCCAUUUCCACCGGAAAUACAGCGCAUCCCGGCCGCAGAAUUAACCUACGGUGAGUUUUUCCGCCGCUUCAUGUCAACAAACACGGCCGUCAUCAUUAGUUCGGUGUCCGACCGCUGGGAGUGCUUUCGGCGCUGGGUGCACCGCACCGGCGAAGUCGAUAAAGUAGACGUAAACUACCUGAAGGCGCAAAUCGGAAACGUGACCGUACCGGUGGCGAAUUGCGGAAAGCAGUACUACAAUGCUCACGAGAAAUUGGAUAUGAGGUUUCACGAGUUUCUGGACAAUUGGGCGGAGGAAGGCGGCGACCGGAAGGAGGAACGUUCGAAGAUGUACCUCAAAGAUUGGCAUCUGCGGGAAGUGAUGCCUGAGUAUCGGUUCUACGAAACACCGCUGUUCUUUGGAUCGGAUUGGCUCAACGAGUAUCUGGUGGACCGGAAGCUGGACGAUUACAUGUUCGUGUACAUAGGGCCCGAAGGAACGUGGACAUCCUUCCAUGCUGAUGUGUUUGCUUCGUACAGUUGGUCAACCAAUAUCUAUGGAAUGAAAAAAUGGCUUCUGUUGCCACCGGGAGAGGAAGUGAAGUUGAAGGAUAAUCUGGGAAACUUUCCUUUUGACAUAAGUGAACAGUUGUUGAAGGAAAAGGAUGUACGGUAUUAUGAUAUUCGACAGACUGCGGGGGAGGCGAUAUUCGUUCCGAGUGGUUGGUAUCAUCAGGUGCAAAACCUGGAGGAUGCAAUUUCGGUGAAUCAUAAUUGGUUCAAUGGUUGUAAUAUAGGCAAGAUUUGGGACAGUUUGUGGGCGGCAUACGAGCAGGUUGUGAGGGAAAUUGACGAUUGUAGAGACAUGGAAAACUUUGACGAACAUUGUCAGCUGAUGUUGAAGGCGUCCUAUGGGAUGGACCUGGAAGCGUUUCUCGAUAUAUUGGAACAUGUAGCUAAGAAACGCAUUGCAGCCCUGGUUGAGGGCGUUGAUGUGAUUCAUUUCGAUUUGUACAAGUUAGGCAAGUGGCAUAUUCGGUUCGAUUUAAAGAAAAUACAGGAGGUGCUAAGUAGAAUGCACGAACAAAGAGAUUUAUUAGAUAUAUUGCGACUAUUGGCGAGAGUUGAAGAGAUCAUAGAUAACAUACAAGUAACACUUAAGUAGUUCUGUAGAAGUUUUUAAAGUUAUGUAUUUGUUGAUCAAAUUUUUAACCGAUCGUUGUUUGUUUC